AUGGGCCCCAAAAAGACAUGGUUCCUCCCACCCGAUUUCACCUUCCUAGAGAACGGCCUCAUCAAACUGGGUACACAACUCGAUCGGGGGGAAAUCUGGGGCAAAUUCGUCGAGUUAGCGUCCGUGUCCUUGAAGCUGGAUACAGAAUGGGGGAAGGAGAUCCAGUAUGGUGUUGUCGACCAUGAGGUCCAUUCGUUUGUGCGGCCCUUCACGAGAGAUACCCUAGCAGCUAUCGUGUCGCAGCCUAGUGUGCGAAAACAUAUAGACGAUGGUCUUUGGGGUAAACAACCAGUGUACAUUGUAUCUGGGCUUCGGAUCACCAAGACAGGGAUGAGUGUGACAAACGGACAGGGCACGACACACGGAGGAAGGAUCGGUGGUUCCGGUCCGGUACCUGCUGGUGUGAUGCCGGUGGAGCUUGGGGUUGGUUUGCAAGGGGAGAUGAGGAGAGACAAGGUGCAUUCCUAUGAAGCGGCCCCGAGGAUUAUUUUUGCAUACAGGCUCAGUGUCAUUCGACAGAGGAGGGACAGGGAUAUAGAGUCCGAGAUCUUCUCGCAUAAGACGGCAUUCAUGACGGGUGGCAUUGAGGAGGAGGAGGAAAUGGAGAUCGCCGAUAUUGAUAUGCUGGAAUUGAAAGAUGACCUUGAGGAUGAGGAUGAAGCAUUUAGUGAGCAUAGUGUUGGGAACAUGGAUGUGUGCAUAUCUUUUCGAUAA